AUGUCAACCGCAGAGCAGCUCAAGGCCGAGGCCAACAAGGCAUUCUCCGCCAAGAACUUCCCCGAGGCUAUCCAGCUCUACUCGGACGCCAUUGCCCUCGACCCAUCUAAUCAUGUCUUAUUCUCAAACCGUGCUGCCGCCAAGUCCGGUAACCGGGACUACCAGGGCGCUCUCGAGGAUGCCGAGAAAUGCAUCGAGAUCAACCCCCAGUUCUCCAAGGGCUUCCUUCGCAAGGGUGCUGCGCUGCACGGUCUCCGCCAGUACCCCGAGGCGGUGAUGGCGUAUGAGGAGGGUCUGCAGGUCGAGCCCGAGAGCGCAUUGCUCAAGAAGGGCCUGACUGAGGUCCAGAAGGUCAUGGACCAGGAGAUGGGCGGGCCCAACGAUGGCAUGGGCAUGGGCCAGCUGUUCAGUGACCCCCAGCUCAAGGCUAAGCUCGCGGCCAACCCUAAGACAGCCGGGAUGCUGCGCGACCCCUCGUUCGCUGCCAAGAUCGACCAGAUCGCAGCGUCUGGCGGCAAGACCGACAUGACGCAGCUGUUCAGCGACCCGCGCAUGCUCACUGUCCUCGGUGUCCUCAUGGGUGUUGACAUUUCUGCCAUGGAGCGCCCAGAGGGUUCCAACGAGAUGCCACCUGGCACCACCCCUGCUCAGCCUUCGUUCCAGGAGCAGAAGCCUUCCUCGCCAACCAAGGCGCGCGCGCCGUCCCCCAAGAAGGAGGAGCCCAAGGAGGAGCCCAUGGAGGUCGACGACGACGACGCCAAAGCGAAGAAGGAGGCAGACGCCAUCAAGCUCCAGGGCAACGCGGCAUACAAGGCCAGGAAGUUUGACGAGGCGAUCGCGCUGUACACCAAGGCGUGGGAGACGUACCCCAAGGACGUUACCUACCUCCUCAACCUGAGCGCCGUCUAUUUCGAGCAGGGCGACUACGCCAAGUGCAUCGAGGCUGCGGAGAAGGUCAUCGAGGAGGGUCGCGAGCUGCGCGCCUCCUACUCGACGUACGCCAAGGCGUACGGGCGUAUCGGCAACGCGUACAACAAGCAGGGAGACCUCACAAACGCGAUCAAGUUCUACCAGAAGUCGUUGACGGAGCACAGGACGCCCGACGUUCUUACCAAGCUCCGGGAGGCGGAGAAGGCAAAGUCCGAGGCGGACAAGCAGGCGUACAUGGACCCCGCAAAGUCUGACGAGGCUCGUGAGGCCGGUAACGCCGAGUUCAAGGCUGGCAAGUUUGCCGACGCCGUCAAGAGCUACACUGAGGCGAUCAAGCGUCUUCCGACCGACCCGCGCGCGUACAACAACCGCGCGUCGGCUUACCAGAAGCUGAUGGCGUUCCCUGAGGCGCUCAAGGACGCCGAGGCGGCCAUGAAGUGCGACCCGACCUUCAUCAAGGCGUACAUCCGCAAGGCCCUCGUGCAGCAGGCGAUGCGGGACAACACCAAGGCGCUCGAGACGCUGCAAAAGGCCAUGGAUGCUGACAAGGACGGCAAGCACGCCAACGAGAUUAACAACAACAUGAACCGCAUCAUGCAGGAGUUGCAGUCGCAGCGCUCGACCGAGACAGACGAGGAGGCAUACUCGCGGGCGAUGCGUGACCCCGAGGUUGCUGAGAUCAUGAGCGACCCUAUCAUGCGCCAGAUUCUGUCGGACGCGCAGCAGAACCCAUCUGCGCUCAUGGACCACAUGAAGAACCCGAUGAUCUCGGAGAAGAUCCAGAAGCUCAUCAACGCGGGCAUUAUCCGCACGCGGUAA